GCGGCGUCCUCCUGCCCGGCCCGCUCCCUGCCACUGCGGUCCGGACUCGGAGGGCGCGCCGGGGCGGAGGGGCAGGGGGCAAAGGUCGAGCGAGGGGCGGCCCUGCUCUCGCUCCCCCUGCGUGGCCCCGGCGGGGAGGGGGAAAGGCCGGCGUUUGCGAGCCACCCGGGCGGGGGGAGGCGCCCUUCUCCCCCUCUUCGGCCGGCCGGCCGCCCUGCCUGCCUGCCUGCUCGCCCCCCUCCCUCCCUCCCCCGCAACGCGGCCCCCGGCCCCCCCUGCCCACGAUGCUGCCCGUGGUGGUCCUCGUGAGCUCUGCCUUGAUCGCCGCCGGCCGAGGAAACCUCCUGCACGACCGAAGCCAGCCCGUGACCUCAGAUGAAGUCGUGGUAGCGGGUUCAAAGGUGAUCCUCUCCUGCAAGGUGGAAGAUCCAGAAGAUUCGUCGCUCCAGUGGUCCAACCCUACUCAGCAGACGCUGUACUUCGGAGAAAAGCGAGCGCUGCGAGACCUUCGAAUCCAGCUGGAGAAUUCGACGUCCAACGAGCUGAGCAUCAGUAUUGACAACACAACUCUGGCUGACGAGGGAGAAUAUACCUGCACGAUAUUCACCAGGCCCGUACGGACUGCGAAGGCGAUGGUCACCGUGCUGGGAAUCCCACAGAAGCCCCAGAUCUCUGGUUACUCAGGUCCUCUUAGGGAAGGAGAUGUGGCUCUGUUGACAUGUGCCUCUUCUGGCAGCAAGCCAGCUGCACAGCUCAGAUGGAAUAAGGGUGAUAGAGUCUUGACAGGCCGGUCUUCGGAAGUAUCGAAAGAUGCCAAUGGAAAGACCUUUACCGUCACCAGCCAAGUAGAAAUUACAGUUGGGCAAGAGGAUGACGGUGCGGACGUCACGUGCACGGUUGAUCACUCCUCUGGGCAGAUCUCUGAGAAAUCCGCCUCACAACGCUUAUCUGUCUUUUACAAGCCAACAGCAAAAAUUGAACCCAGGCCAGAACAUCCACGGGAAGGGGACAACUUGGAGCUGCACUGCAGGGGACAGGGGAAUCCGAUCCCUCAGGAAUACAAAUGGGAGAAGGAUGGUGUCGGGACACCCUUGCUGGAUGCUCAAGAGAAUAUCCUUAUCUUCCCCAGCUUAAACAAAAGUGACAGUGGGACUUAUAUUUGCCAUGCCUCAAAUAUUAUGGGCAGCUCCAUGGCGAGAUACAUCCUAUCUGUUAGUGAUGCGAGUCCCGUGACACACACAGGAAGCAGCUAUCAUGCCGUUGUUGGGGGUGUAGUAGCAGUUGUCGUCUUCCUCCUCCUCAUCCUCCUCAUCAUUCUGGGACACUACUUAAUUCGGCACAAAGGUACCUACUUGACCCAUGAGGCCAAAGGCUCGGACGAUGCCCCAGAUGCAGACACAGCCAUUAUCAACGCAGAGGGAGGUCAAUCAGGCGGGGACGACAAGAAGGAAUAUUUCAUCUAAGAGGGGAAGGGUGGGGCAUGGUGGCAGGGCAGCAGGGAGGAGGAGGAGGAGGAAGAGGAAGAAGUAGUAGCAAAUUGGAACUCGACCUCAACAGGAUGACAACGGAACCCACCCAACCAGUAUGUCUAUGGCAUUUCUCUCGUGCCCAGGAAGGAAUUAGACGGAAAGACAGAGGGACAGUAGCAAGGAAGGGCCGAGACUAACGACAGACGGAGGAGGAGAGAGAGAGAAAGAGGGGGGGAGAAAAAGAGAUCAGCUGGCUCAUGAUGCUUCUUGAACUUGUAUAAAACAUUGCUACCAAAUGGGAGGGGGGAAGCCCCCACCCAUCUGAACACUGAGAAUCCUUCAAAUCAAACACAAAAGCAUCCCCUGCUUUUCCUGCUUGCUUGUAUCUACAUCCCUGCGGCUGCCAAACUCACACUAAAAACACAGAGCUGGAGAGUGAGUGAUGAUGCUUCCUUCCUUCCUUCCUUCCUUCCCUCCUUCCUUCCGGCUUGUUUUCAGGGCUGUUGGUUUGGGGGUCUCUUCCCUUCCCCCCCCUUUAUCCCCAUUUUUUAAAUGAUGUGCUCUGUUUUGGACUCCUCCUUUUCUUUUGGAAGAUCUCUGUUCUUGUCCCCUUCUGUUGGGAAUGUCUUGAUGGUGGUGUGGGAUAUUCGAGGGAUUUGGUGGGUGUGGCCUCUGCUUCCUUUAAGAUUGUCCUAGUUUUUGGCUGUGGCCUCCAGGAUAAAAUCAGCUUGUGCAAAAAGAAAAAAAAUGGGUGGGAGUGGGAUACCCAGCUUGGGAGCAGACCCCCAUUGAUGAGAGGUGGGUCCUUCCUCCCAAUGAGAAAUCUUUAAAGAUCUCCUGCAAAUUGGAUCUUGGAUGGGGUGAAGGCCCAAUGGAUGGGAAAGUCUUGAGAUGCUUGGCUACUUAACUGAGGAACCAAGCAAGACAGAUUUGAGAAGGUAAAGGGGUUUUGUGGGUGACAUGUAAUGCCCCCCACAUUCGAAAAAUCUUUGUUUCUUGGGUCCUCCUGAAUGAGAUAAUUGGUGUCUGUUGUUUAAGCCUUCUUGACCUGAUCCCUGUUACUCAGGUCCUCUCCAAACAAAUUGGUACUAGUUACUUGAGUCCUCUUGAUUCAGAAGAAUUGGUACCAGUUACGCAGAUGCCCUGAUUUGGAUAAACUGGUACUGAUUACUUGAGUCCUUUUGAUUUUGAAGAAUUGGUACCAGUUACUUGGGUUCUCACAACUGGAAAGAAUUGGGGAGCCCUUCCUCAGAUCCUCUUAACUUUGGACCAUGUUGGGACCAGGUCCUGAGUGACCAUUGGGAAGGGUCCAUGGCAGGUGGGAAGCCAUUGCGUACUGAUUUUAUCCUUCAGUCUCAUUUUGUUUCUCCAGUUGAGUCUCUUUGUUUCAGAGAAGAAUGUUGUUCUGUGGUCUGUGUAACCGAGGGGCGCCAGCUACCCAGUUCCUGUCCCCACCCAAACCCAUGGGAAAAAAAAAAAUUCUGACCGUGUGGUUGGAUGCCACCCGAGUGUCAUUGAAGCUUCCCAUCCAUGGGAGGGGGGGAUGGUAGUAGGCACGGGUGUUUAAAGGGGGUCGGUGAAAGAGGCCCCUCACCAGGAUUUUCCUCAGUUUUGAGCCACACUGUCUCAGUGUUCAAGGGUGUCUCACCCGUCUGUGUCUUCCUUGCCGUAGAGAUGAGAAAGGACUUUUGAGGACCAUCAACUUUGGGGACCAACCAAGGCAGGUUCCAACCAGCACUACUGUCCAGUGAUGGGGAAAGUUGAACCAACAUGGUUCUUGGAAGGAACAACCUCCACCAUAAACCCCUAUCGUUCACUGCUGAUUACAAGAUGAUGGGGGAAGUCUGCUCAGACCUCAGUCCCCAAUUAACACAAUUGCAAGCAGACGGCCACCAUUUUCUUUCACCUGGAUUGGAAAUGGUGGUGUGUUGCAGACUCCCUUGUUGCUCAGACUAGUUGCAAAUCCCAUGUCUUGAUCUCACGAUGGGAUCCCGGAAGGAUAAGUUUAUGUUUACACAUUAUCAGGGAAAGUUGCGUGAAAAUCAGCCCUGGUUAAGCACACCAGCUGAUGUGACACCAAAUUGUGACAUUCGUAACAACACAUUUAAAAAGAAAACCUCUGGAUGGUUGUUCAUCUACCUGACCACUUUAUCAUAAAAGUCUAUAGUAAAAGGGGGGAAAAAAAUCACAUAGCUACUGCCAGUGUUUUAAAGGUUUUCACAAACACCUCGGUGAGGGCUAGAAACGUGGUGGAUAUUUGCAUGAAACAAAGCAACGUGAACUUGGAAGAUUUGCAUGAAACAAAGGGAUUGACCUUUCACAUUUUAAAGUCCCUGAUGGUUUAACAUCAGAUCUGGGGUGGAGAAAUCUGUUGCCUUAGCUUUGCAAGUUUACAACUACUUUUUAGUUUUUUAAGUGUUCAGUACGAUGAGUAUACAUGCAGAGAAAAAGUCCUCACAAUUCUUGUGUUUAUUCCUAGUUUUUGCCAUUUUGCAGGAUGUAGCAUUCUGGGUUCUUUUCCUACCAGAACAGGUUUUGAUUUUCCGGGUUUCCGGGCCACCCACUUUUCAGAACAUGGCCCAUGGCAUCCACCCAUUCUGCCAACUUCUGUAACUGAGGCCUACAGCCUGAAUUUUUAUUGCUGAUCGAUAACUAGAGCUUUCAGAAUGAGCUGGAUUGACGUUAUUGUGUCACUGAUUUAUUUGGAAUGUCUGAGCAUGAUUUGAGGCCAAUAAAAGGAAUGACCUCUUGAUAGAUUAUGGAAUUCACUGCCCCUUGUUCUAGGCAGGGCCACCAGCUUGCAUGGUUUGGGGGGGACCCAUGGAGGAUCAAGCUAUUAGCUGUAAGAGCUGUCUCCUGGGGUUAUGCGAAUCCAUGUUGCAUCGAUGCGAUUGGACAGAUCAUUGCAUGGAAAUCGACCAAUUGAUUCAGUUGGUUGAAUUGAACGAUUCCAUGCAGAUGAUUUUGGAAAAGGUCUUGAAGAUAUUUUUUGUCUGAAUCGAACUUUCAAAUCCAGCCCUCUCCUUCAGAUGUUCAAAGCAGUGAUUCGGAUCGGAUCCACGGAGACAUUGGAAUUGGCUCCCGGAGUGUUCCGAUUUUCCAAUAGAAUGGAUUCAACAAAUUGGAUUGAACCCGAUUUCCCCCAGCCCUCCUCUGCUUUGUCUCUAUUUUGGGAAGCAACAUCCUCUUAGUGGGGCAAUGGUGGGGUGGAGUCACCCCCGCUAAUGGCUGUCCGGAUCGGUGGAAACAGGCCACGGGUCUCGCGUUUUGGCCCGAUCUGGCAGAGUGAUUCAUGACCAAUCCAUGCAAAUGCACCAGGCCUCAAACAAUACAAGGGAAACAAGGGAAGCCUUCCGAGGCCUUUGUGUGCUGGAAAGGGGGGCACGAGAUUUGUUGUGUGUGUGUUUGUGUGCAUCACUGAUGGAAUGCUCUCGUCAUCCUAAUUAGAGGUGGUGUUUUGGCUCAGCGGGUUAGCAGCAAUUUUAAAGCACUUGAUGUCUCUUUCAGCACGAAACAAUUACUUGCUUUUGGAUGCUCCCCCUUAAACUAUUCCUUACCCCAAUGAAUGCCAUGCAUGGAAUGGAUCGCCCUCUUCAAACAGAUUCGGCAGCUUUACUGUUUUAAACCCUUUGCUUUUAUUUCCCUAUUUUUCCCUGGGUGACUAAGCCUGCCCCAUUUCAAUCCCCACUCCAAGAAGACUGUUUCAACGUAGGAUUUGCCAGCUGUCUGUGUUGCAUUUGAAACAGAAGCGCAUGGAUUUUAAUGCUUGCAUGGCCUUGCCAGUUAGGUUCUAAGGAUAACAGGCAGUUGGAUGGCUUUUGCUAAAACAAGCAAAACAUUUGCAGGCACAGUUCAACUCAAACAGGGCUGUCCCCUGUGUUUCUUUUUUGAAAUAAAGCUUUGCAAUCGGUCUCUAAAGAGAAACGGCUCAAAUUGUUCCUAUUAUGCAAACUAUGCCCUCAUAUGGACUAGGACCAUGAUUAUUUCAGACAUGUAAAUAAUUUAUUUCUGAAGUAGAGAGGCCUUCUCAAUUCAUUUCCACUUCUCCCUCUAAGAAGUAAAUUGCUUUUUAUAAUCAACGAUGCAGCUACAAGGAUGGAUAAAUGAAAAAUUUCAAUGUG